AGGCUCUCAGGGAUCGGACGCAGACUAAAAUCCCACCUGAAAAAUUGUUCUUCACCCAUUGAUGUCCUUGCAAAUAUUCUUACAAGUUUGAAAUGGCAGAACACUUGCGCAAGGGAAUCUCAACAUGUCAGAUUUGCCGUCUCUGUCCAGAUAUAUAAGGAGUGACCAAAUAUUUUCUUUGCAAGACCAACACUUCUGUUGUUCAUCCUUGGAGAUGAAGAAGUACCUCAUCCCAGCUGGAAAUGUAUUUUGUCUCUGAAGUGAAGUUUUCUGCUGUAACUCAGUGUUACUUACUGGAAGCAGGGUGCUGAGAACACACCAGCAUUUGUUCACUGGAGAUCACUUCUUCAACUGCACUGAUUGUACAAGGGAUUCAAACAUCUGACUUUCUGAAUUGCCAGAGAAUUGAUUGCAGUGAGACAUCAUUCUCCUUCUCUCCAUGUGGGAAGGGAUUUUCUUACACCCUACCUGUGGACAAGCCAGUCAGUUCACAGUGGGGAGUCGCCAUUCACCUGUGCUGUGUGUGGGAGGGGAGCUACCCAGUCAUCCAGCCUGAAGGUUCAACAGCAGAUUCACACCAUAGUGGGAUGCUCCACCUGUUCUGACUGUGGGAAGCAAAUCAUUCUGUCUUCAAUGCUAAACAUGUCCGAAAAUUCACCAGUGAGAGGACGGUAACCUGCUUAGAUGGUGGGAAGGCAUUCACACACUCAACCACGCCACAGUGACACCUGCGAAUUCACACAGGGGAGGAGCCAAUCACCUGCUCUGUUUGGGACAGGGUUCACUCAGUCUUCUCAACUGAAUGAACACCGGUGAGUUCACACUGAAAAGAUGCCGUUCACCUGCUCAGACUGUGGGAAGCGAUUCACUCGUUCAUCCACGCUGCAGAGACACCAGCGAGUCCACACUGGGGAGAAGCCAUUCAUUUGCUCUGAAUGUGGGAAGGGAUUCACUGAUUCAUCGCACCUGAAGGUACAUCAGCGAGUUCACACAGGGGAGAGGCCAUUCACCUGCUCUGAAUGUGGGAAGGGAUUCACUGAGUCGUGCUCCCUUGUGAAGCACUACCAAAUUCACACUGGGGAGAAGCCAUUCACAUGCUCUGAAUGUGGGAAGGGAUUCACUCAGUCAUCUAAUCUGAAGGUACAUCAGCGAGUCCACACUGGGGAGAGGCCAUUCACAUGCUCUGAAUGCGGAAAGGGAUUCGCUGAUUCAUACUGCCUUCUUAAGCACUGCCGAAUUCACACUGGGGAGAAGCCAUUCACCUGCUCUGAAUGUGGGAAGGGAUUCACUGACUCAUCCCUCCUUGUGAGACACUGCCGAAUUCACACUGGGGAGAAGCCAUUCACCUGCUCUGAAUGUGGGAAGGGAUUCGCUGAUUCAUACUCCCUUGUGAAGCACUGCCAAAUUCACACUGGGGAGAAGCCAUUCACGUGCUCUGAAUGUGGGAGAGGAUUCACUGAGUCAUCUCAACUGAAGGUACAUCAGCGAAUUCAUAAUGGGGAGAAACCAUUCACCUGCUCUGAAUGUGGAAAGGGAUUCACUCAGGGAUCUAAUCUGAAGGCUCAUCAGCGAGUUCACACUGGGGAGAAACCGUUCAGCUGCACUGAAUGUGGGAAGGGAUUCGCUCGGUCAUCUCGACUGAUUGAACAUCAGCGAGUUCACACUGGGGAGAAACCGUUCAGCUGCUUUGAAUGUGGGAAGGGAUUCACAAAGUCAGACACCCUUGUGAAGCACAACCGAAUUCACACAGGGGAGAAGCCAUUCACGUGCUCUGAAUGUGGGAAAGGAUUCACUCAGUCGUCACAUCUAAAGGCACAUGAGCGAAUUCACACUGGGGAGAAACCAUUCACUUGCUCUGAAUGUGGGAAGGGAUUCGCUCAGUCGUCCAACCUUGUGCAGCACUGCCAAAUUCACACUAGGGAGAAAUCGUUCACCUGCUCAGUUUGUGGGAAGGAAUUCACUCGGUCAUCAGACUUUAAAGUACAUCAACGAAUUCACACUGGGGGAUGCUACUCACCUGUUCUAAAUGUGGGAAAGGAUUUGGUUGGGCAUCUCAAUUGAAUGAACAUCAACGAGUUCACACUGGGUGAGAAACUGUUCAACUGCUCAGACUGGGAAGGAAUUCACACAUUCAUCUCACCAACCGACACACCAGACUGUUUUCAGCAGUGAGAGGACGUUGACCUGCUCAGAGUGUGGGAAGGCAUUCACACACUGAUCCACACUGCAGAGACAGUGGUGGGUUCACACUGUGGGGAGGGUGGUCACCUGCUCAGAGUGUGGGAAGGGAUUCACACACUGAUCCACAAUGCAGAGACAGAGGUGGGUUCACACUGUGGGGAGGGUGGUCACCUGCUCAGACUGUGGGAAGGCAUUCACACACUGAUCCACAAUGCAGAGACAGAGGUGGGUUCACACUGUGGGGAGUGUGAUCACCUGCUCUGACUGUCGGAAGGCAUUCACACACUGAUCCACACUGCAGAGACAGUGGUGGGUUCACACUGUGGGGAGGGUGGUCACCUGCUCAGACUGUGGGAAGGCAUUCACACACUGAUCCACACUGCAGAGACAGUGGUGGGUUCACACGGUGGGGAGGGUGGUCACCUGCUCAGACUGUCGGAUGGGUUUCAGUCACUCAUUUAUCCUUUUGUCGCCCUACUGAGCUUUGACUCGUUAAUCAGAGAGAUCAGAAGCUUGAGAAGACGUAAUUCACUCAGUUUCGCUGAUUGUGUAUCAACGGCAGUGGUUCAGGGCAGGUUAGUUUUGAGUCUUUCAGCAGUGGCCAGUCAGCAUUCAGGAUUGACUAUCAAGUCAGGCAGAGGAGCAAAUGGGGCAGCCAGUGUUGGAGUGGAGACUUUGAGGUUUCAGUGAGGAGAGCAUUUAGUCACAGAAGUUCAUGAUGGGACUAGAAUUUUUAUCUUCACGUUUGCUCAGUUGGAACAGUGGAGGUGCCAGGCGGGAUAGUGGAAAGCUGCUUUGCGGGAUGUUGGAAGGCCGGGGACCCUCCUGUGUCCCUGAUAACUACACCUGUGAGAAGGGCAUCCGGCUUCAGCUCCGAACAAUCCACAUUAAGGAGUUACAGCUGGAAAUGGAUGAACUCCAGAUCAUUCCGGAGGCUGAAGGGGUGAUAGGUAGGACAUUUGAGAGGUAGUUGCACCCAAGGUGCAUGGCACAGGAAACUGGGUGGCAGUCAGAUAGGGGAAAGGGGGAAACAGAGAGUGCAAUUUACCCGUGUCCAUCACUCUGAACAAUAUAGGUAUCACUUUAGAUACUGUCGAGGAUGGUGGGAUGACCUGGCAAAGGAAGGUCACAGCAACAGGGUCUCUAGCACUUAGUCUGGCUCUGAGACUGAGAUGGGAAGGGCGGAGAAGAGGUGAGCUGUCAUCGUGGGUGAUUCAGUGGUUCAGGGAACUACUGUGGAUGCUCUGCGGGGAGAAUGAGAUUCCAGGAUGGUAUCUUGCCUCCUGCAUACGAGCAUCUGUGACAUCUCGGGUUGAGUGAACAGUGAAGGCCAUGGUCCAUGGGGGUGACAAUGAUAUGGGCUGGUAGAACAACAAGGUUCUGCAAAGGGAGUUCAGGGAGUGAGGUGCUGAGUUAAAUUGCAGCUCAUCCAGGGCUGUGAUCUCAGGACUGUCAUCUGUGCCAAUUGCUAGGAAUUGCAAGAUUAUACAGUUUAACAUGUGGCUUACGAGUUGGUGCAGGAGGGAGUGUAUAAGAUUUUUGGAACAUUUGUGCUGGUGAGUAUUGAUGUGUACAGAGGAGUGUGAGUGUGUUGGGUGGGGAGAGCACAUUGUUGAUGGAGUGUGACUGGGCACACAGGUCUCUAUCUCUCUCUCAUACACAGACACAUCAGUGGAGUGGGAGGGAGGGGACUGAGAAGGGAAAAGAGGAAUGAGAUAGGGCUCCUUCGCAAAGUCCCAGACUCAGCCUUUCCUCCCCUCUGGAACUUGUCCCAUUCCCUACCCCAGGCUGGGGGUGGGCAUUGAGUUGCCUUGUCAAGAAGAAAAUGAAUUCUUCGAUAACAUCUGGUUAACACACUUUGAU